CCAUCAAUGAAGCAACCAAUCGACAGCUUCUCUCCCUCUUUAAUCGCUUUCAUAUUAAACCCCUCUCUUUUUUAAGCCAUUCAAAAACAACAAAUGCUCCCUUCUUUUUUCCUUAUCCCACACCGAACACCUCCUCCACCAGCUUCUUCUCCAUCAUUAUGUCGACUACUACUUCUCAUCCUCUUCUGCAAUCCUCCUCCGCUACUGCCACACGGCGGGUCCCUCCUCCCUGCUGGACUAAAGGGGAAACACUGGUGUUGAUCAAGGCUUACAAGGACAAAUGGUUCGCUCUUCGACGUAGGAACCUGAAAGCGUUGGAUUGGGACGCCGUGUCGGAUGCCGUAUCCUCCGCGUCCGAUCCCGGGACUGUGAAAUCGUCUGUUCAGUGCCGGCAUAAGACCGAGAAGAUGAGGAAGCGUUACCGUGCAGAGAAGAAGCAGAGAAUACAUCUCUUCAUCUCCAUCUUCAUGAAUCAUUACCGGGCAAGGCAUGAUCGGCACUCCAUCUCCGUGAUGAGGAAGUGUUACCGUUCUCGUUUGGAGCGUUACCGUGAUGAGGAAUCAUCUGUUCAGUGCCGGCAUAUUGAUGGGAACUCUGGGUCUAGUCCCGGUGUUCAUUAUGAAUAUGGUGGUGGGUAUGGUUCAAGUUUUAAUUUUGAUGACAGAUUGGGAAGUGAGCAUGGGGUGAAAUGGCAUGGAAAUGGGGAUUUUGUGGAUAAAGGAACUAAAAAUUUUAAGAGUAACGGUAGAAUUGGCGAUGGUUAUGGUUCUAUUGUUGAUUUUGAUCAUAGUUUUGCUCAAGAUGUCGAUAGUCUUCAGAGUUUCCUCUUAAGACCUUAGGUGAUCAGUGUUUUUUGAACGUGGGAUUCAAACCAAAAAAUUAUUGUUGCCCCAAUCUAAAUUAUAAUUAUGAUAAUGACUCAAAUGAUGAAGAAAUGGCGUUUCGAGCAAGAGAUUCAAUGCCUCAAGCUUUUCAACAAAAGAAAAAUGGUAGAGGUCAACAAAAGAAACGUGGUAGAGGUGAUUGGAACUUUGAACCAGGUGGUGACUUUGGGGGUUUAAAUGGAGUUGCUUCUUUUUCAAGGCAAGGGCUUGGGAGGAAGAACGCUAGUGCUGGGUUCAAGAGGGGUUUAAAUGGAGUUGUUGGCCGAAGGGUUUCUGUGGAUGGAGAUGGUAAGGGAGAUUGAGAAGAUGAGAAUGGAGAUAGAGAUGAAACACAACGAGAUGAUACUCGAGUCGCAGCAAAAGAUCAUGGAUGCAUUUUCUAAUGCAUUUUUGUCGAAA